AAGUGACACUUCAUUAUGGCUACAGGCUAUCUCUUGUCUAAUAUAUCUAUUUUCUUUGUUAAUUCUAAGGCUUUAAUGCUUGUACCUUUUCUUGCCAAUUUCAGCAACACUGGUAUGCCUACUGGGUGUCAUGAUUGCUUGGCAGAUACGAGAUAUGGAGGAUUUAAAGGAGGAAAGAAUGUUUUGAUUGAGCCCCAUCGCCAUGAGGGUGUAUUUAUCGCACGUGGUAAGGAGGAUGCGUUAGUUACAAGGAACAUGGUCCCUGGGGAAAGUGUUUAUGGAGAGAAGAGAAUAAGUGUAGAGGAAGGCACAGAAAAGAUAGAGUAUCGUGUGUGGAAUCCAUUCCGUUCAAAAUUAGCUGCUGCUAUUGUGGGAGGCAUAGGGAAUAUUUACAUGACUCCGGGAUCAAAGGUCUUGUAUCUGGGAGCUGCAAAUGGAACAACCGUGUCUCAUGUUUCUGAUGUAAUUGGACCGGAAGGAGUUGUGUAUGCUGUUGAGUUUUCUCACCGCUCAGGACGUGACUUGGUAAAUAUGGCAAAGAAACGUACCAAUGUAGUCCCCAUUGUAGAGGAUGCCCGUCACCCACACAAAUACCGCAUGAUUUGUAGUAUGGUAGAUUGUAUCUUUGCAGAUGUGGCCCAACCUGAUCAAGCCCGCAUUGUUGCUAUCAAUGCCCAGUAUUUCUUGAAAGUAGGUGGUCACUAUGUCAUAUCCAUCAAGGCUAAUUGCAUUGAUUCAACUGCUCCAUCUGAGGCUGUGUUUGCAGGAGAAAUCAAAAAGCUUCAAGGUGACCUUCUCAAGCCCCAGGAACAGUUGACCCUAGAACCAUACGAGAGAGAUCAUGCAGUAGUAGUGGGUGUGUACAGACCUCUGAAGAAAAACAAAUAACUAGUGUGUUAUAACAUCAACUUUUUGUUAUUUAAGAGCAGUGGGAGUGCUCUUCAGUGAAUGGUAUUCGUCUGAUACUGCAUGGUUCGUUAGCAGCAUCUGACGCAUAUUGAAGACUGCAGGUUGACCUUGCAUGUAUAGGAAUAUACAGGACUGAUGUUCACAUGUUUAGGAACAUUUUUUCAAUUGAAAUAAUUUUCACACUCCUUGUGAGUUAUUACUUACUGUUAAAAAAUUGUGAUGAACUUAAGCAAGUACAUCAAGAAAAAUAUUCGGUAUUCAUGAAAUAAUGUCCUCUUAUUUCUCUUUAACAAAUUAUUUUAAACUGUCAGUAAACUGUUGAAUGAAUUCUUGGGACUAUAUAUUGUAUGUACGUCUUUUUAAUAAAAAUUCACUUAGU